AUGUCUAUAGUUGUAAUGCAUCAGUUUGUUUCAAACUUAAAAUCAAAGAAUGAACAUACAAGAUCUAAAGCUGCUAAAGAUCUUUAUGUCUAUGUUAAGACUGAUCUUCGGGAGGCAAGCCCUGAAGAGAUAAAUAAUUUUUUAGAUGAGAUUAAUCAUCAUAUAUUUGAAAUGGUGUCUAGUAGUGAUGCCAAUGAAAAAAAAGGUGGUAUAUUGGCAAUUGUUUGUCUUAUUGGUGCUGAGCUGGGUAAUAUGUCAACUAGAAUUACUAGAUUUGCAAAUUAUCUUAGAAACCAAUUGCCAUCAAAUGAUGUUAGUAUUAUGGAACUUGUUGCUAAAACUAUGGCAAAUCUUGCUCUAGCUUCAGGUCCAACAGCCUCUCAAUAUGUUCAGUUUGAGGUGAAAAAGUCAUUAGAAUGGCUCAGUGGAGACAGAGUUGAAUCAAAACGACAUGCCGCUGUGCUAGUCUUAAAGGAACUAGCUACUGCAUUACCUACCUGUUUUUACCAACUGGUAUCACAAUUUUUUGAAUCAAUUUUUUGUGCCAUACAAGACCCUAAACAAGCUAUUCGUGAAGCAGCAACUGAAGCUCUGAGGGCAGCUUUAGUUGUGACGGCUCAGAGAGAAAAUGCCAAGAAAAAUCAGAAAGAUGCAUAUUCAUGGUAUAAACAGUGCUAUGAUAAGUCUGGAAGUUUUUUAAGUGUUGACCGUGGUGAGAGAGUUAGAGAUGAAAAAGUCCAUGGGUCCUUGCUUAUUUUAAAUGAACUACUUCACUGUGCUAAUGCUUCCUGGGAAAGAAAAUAUAUUGCUCUUCAAGAGAGUACUGAUCCUAAACCAUCUUUAGAAAACGAAGACUUUAGCUUUAAUAGACCACCUUUUAUGUAUCCAAUUCAUACAAAAAAGAAAUCAGAUGAUACAAUAUUAACAGCUCUGGCUCCAGGAAAACCUAUAAUUUUAGAAUCAUCAAUAUGUCGACAGCUAGUUGCUGAAAAUUUUAAAUAUAUUUGCAUAGAUGUUUUAGCUCAAAGAUUUUUAAGAGUAAAUUUUGUUCAACAAACUUUGUUAACAAUUCUACCCAGGUUGGCUGCUUUUGAUAAGAAAAGUUUUGUUGAAGGGCAUUUACCUAAUGCAAUGAAUCAUUUAUUUGUAAUACUGAAAGGAAGAGAAAAGGAUAGGAACACAGCUUUUAUAACCAUAGGUUUGAUCGCUGUUGCUGUAGAAGAGAAGAUAGAACCUUAUGUUGAUCGUAUAAUGGAAUUAAUAAAAGGAGCUUUACCAAAAAGCGAAACACCUAGUAAAAGGCGUCCUGUCAUCGAUAGUUGCGUAUUUAAAUGUAUAACAUUUUUGGCAACAGCUCUGAAGAGACAUGAUAAGAUGGAUAUUCCAAAUAUGUUGGAACAAAUUCUUGCAACAGCUUUAAGUCCAUCCUUAACAAUUUGUUUAAGGGAACUGGCUAAAAAAGUACCUGUUCACAAGGACAGAAUUAGUUUAGGUUUAUUAAAGAUGUUAUCUUGUAUUCUUUUAAAUAAACCAUUAUUACAUCCUGGUAUGCCCAGAAACUUAAAUGCUAACUUUGCUUCCAUGGGAAUUGAUACAAAUGACACCCAGUUAAUUGUGUUAGCACUGCAUACACUUGGAACGUUUGAUUUUGAAGGUCAGAGGCUGUUACCAUUUGUCCAAAGGUGUGCCAAGCACUUUUUAGUGCAUGAGGUGAAAGAAAUUAGGAUUGAAGCAGUACGAACUACCAGUAGACUAUUACGUCAUGCUAUAAAUUGUAGUGAUAAAUAUCAGAGUGAUACCGUUGCUAGAACUGUGGCAGAUGUUUUACAAAAAUUGUUAAGUGUCGGGCUUACAGACAGUGAAGCACAAGUACGUUAUGGAGUUUUAACAUCUUUAGAUUCUACAUUCGAUCAUCACUUGUCUCAAUCAGAGACUCUUGAAGGACUUUGUAUGGCACUCGAAGAUGAAGAAUUUAAAAUAAGAGAAGUAGCUUUGUUUACCAUAGGACGUUUAAGUUGUAUGAAUCCUGCCUAUAUCAUGCCAAGUUUAAGGAGAGUUCUGGUUCAGUUGUUGACUGAAGUAGAACACUCAGGAAGUGGCAGAAAUAAGGAACAGGCAGCCACUCUCUUAGAUCAUUUAGUUGUUAGAGGGCCCAGGUUGAUUCGUCCAUAUAUGGAACCAAUUUUACAUGUACUUGUUCCUAAGUUAAAAGAACCCGAACCGAAUCCUGGUGUUGUAUUAUCUGCUCUCUAUACAAUUGGUGACUUAGCAGAGGUGACUGGAGGGGAUUCAGAGCUACAAAUUUGGAUGAAGGAUCUUAUGGGAAUUUUGUUAGAUAUUCUUGGUGAUGCUUCAGCUCCAGAUAAAAGAUUUGCAGCCUUAGUUACAUUGGGUCAGUUAGUAGGUGCAACAGGACAUGUAGUCAGACCUUACAACAAGUAUCCAGUUUUGCUCGAUGUAUUAAUAAAUUUCUUAAAAACGGAGCAACAUCCUUAUAUAAGAAGAGAAACAAUUAGAGUUCUAGGUCUUCUGGGCGCAUUGGAUCCAUAUAAACAUAAAAUGUAUAGGGGCGAAAUAGAUUAUCAACCUGAGGCUCCAACUUUGAUACCAAUGCCUGACAAGAAUGUUGGGGAGGAUAGUGAUCUCACAUCAAGUGAAAUGUUAGUCAACAUGAGCUCAAGCACCUUAGAAGAAUAUUAUUUAGCAAUGACAAUAGCAACUCUUUUAAAAAUUAUUAAAGACCCUACAUUAUCACAGUACCAUACCAUGGUUGUACAAGCUAUAACGUUUACAUUCAAGAGUUUAGGAAUUAAAUGUGUACCAUAUAUAUCCCAGGUUCUUCCUAGUUUGUUAAAUGUAGUUCGAACAGCUGAUAUAAAUUUUAAAGAAUUUCUAUUUCAACAGCUGGCACAGUUGAUUGCUAUAGUAAAGCAACACAUCAGGAAUUAUUUAGAUGAUAUAUGCGAUUUGAUUAAAGAAUUUUGGACAAAUUAUUCUAUUCAAGGUACAAUUAUUUUGCUACUGGAAAAUAUAGCUGAAGCUUUAGGAGCGGAAUUCAAAGAAUAUCUACCUAGACUUAUUCCUCAGAUUUUGCGUGUUUUAAAUCAUGAUACGUCAAAAGAGAGGCUCAAUACAAUAAGACUAUUGAGUGCUUUACAUAAGUUUGGAAACAAUUUGGAGGAUUAUAUGCAUCUGAUAUUGCCGCCUAUUGUUCGGCUUAUCGAUGCGCCAGAUUGUCCUGUUCCUGUAUCGAAACAAGCUCUAGAAACUAUAGAUCAAAUAGCAGAAUCGAUCGAUUUAUCCGAUUAUAUCUCGCGUCUAACCCAUCCUUUGGUGAGAACGAUCGAUAAAAAUCCGGAUCUACGAGACACAGCUCUGGAUACUUUGUGUUCUCUGGUGACUCAGUUGGGCCGACGAUUCCAAGUGUUUGUGCCGAUGGUACAAAAAGUGGUUGCUAAACAUAAGAUUAAUAAUAGGAGAUGGGAAACUUUGGUUUGUCAAAUUCAGUCUGAAAGUACAAUGGCUAGCGAACUUGACCUUCCAAUUCCUCGCAGUCGGAAUAGAAAAAAUAGAGGAGAAGUAGGUUUAUCGACUGAUAGUUCAACAAUGCCACAAAGAAUGAAAAUGUCGGAGCAGAAUUUGCAACAAGCCUGGAUACCACUUAGGAGAGUUUCUAAAGAUGAUUGGCUUGAAUGGUUAAAGAGACUGAGCCUAGAAUUUCUUAAAGAAUCACCAAUACCCUCUAUAAAGUCUUGUUCACAACUAGCUCAAAUUUAUUCUCAGUUACCGAGGGAUCUUUUCAAUGCGGCUUUCGUCAGUUGUUGGACUGAGUUAAGUGAUAAUAUGCAAAAGGAAUUAAUUGGUUGUUUGGAACAAGCUUUGACAGUACCGGAUGUACCAGAAAUAACACAAACUAUAUUAAAUUUGGCUGAAUUCAUGGAACAUUGUGAUAAAGGACCCCUUCCUUUAGACGGUCGUUUGCUUGGUGAGCAGGCAAUGCACUGCAGAGCAUAUGCAAAAGCUUUACAUUAUAAAGAGGAGGAUUUUUUACGGACAAAUGUGAAAGUUAAUCACGUUAUUGAAUCUUUAAUUUCUAUAAAUAAUAAGCUCCAACAAAAAGAGGCAGCUGAGGGUUUACUUCAGCAUGUCAUGAGACAAGCUGGUGAAGUUCAAGUUCAAGUAAGAUGGUAUGAAAAACUUCAUAACUGGGACAAAGCUUUGGGUCUUUAUGUAGAAAAAUUGAAAACUGAUCCAGUUGAUCAAGAUGCAUGUUUAGGUCAAAUGAGAUGUUUAGAAGCUUUAGGUGAAUGGGGACAACUUCAUGAUUUUGUAGAAAGCCGGUUCAAUCAUUUGAACGAUGACAACAAACAAAAAGCUUGUCGAUUAGCGUUAGCUUCUUCUUUUGGUUUACAUAAUUUUGGAUCUAUGGAAAAAUAUAUUAAUGUCAUUCCUCAAGAUACGCAAGAUGGUUCGUUUUAUCGCGCUGUGCUGGCAAUACAUAAAGACCAAUUUAAAUUGGCUCAAGACUUUAUUGAUAUUACUAGAGACAUGAUCGAUACUGAAUUGACAGCUAUGGCUGGUGAAAGCUAUCAGAGAGCUUAUGGGGCAAUGGUUCAAGUGCAGAUGUUAAGUGAACUGGAAGAGGUAAUGCAAUAUAAACUUGUCCCUGAAAGAAGAGACAUUUUAAAACAAAUGUGGUGGCAAAGGUUACAGUCUGGACAAAGACUUGUGGAAGACUGGCAAAAAAUUAUUCAGGUUCAUUCUUUAGUUCUACAGCCACAUGAAGAUGUACAGACGUGGCUUAAAUAUGCUUCUUUGUGUAGGAAAAAUGGCUCUUUAAAAUUGUCCCAUAAAACAUUAUUAAUGCUUCUUGAAUAUGAUCCUGAGUCUUAUCUAGAUAAACCUUUACCUGUAACUCAACCUCACGUAACAUUUGCUUAUUGCAAGCACCUUUGGCAAGUGGAUCAGAAGAAAAGAGCUUAUGAUCAGUUACAAAUGUUUUUGAAGUCUUAUGUAAAAAUGGAAGGAAUCGACAGUAGUUUAGAAGAAAGACAGAGAUUAUUAGCCAGGUGUUACCUAAAAUUAGGAUCAUGGCAAGAAAAUCUCGAAGGUAUUACCGCGAGUUCAAUUAGGUCUGUUUUAAAAUGCUACGAAAAGGCGACUGAAUUUGAUAAGGAUUGGUACAAAGCCUGGCAUUCUUGGGCUUACAUUAAUUUUGAAACUGUCCUUUUGUACAAGCAUAAACAAGAUAAGGAAGGAGACAAUCUAGCUAGCAAACCAGAUGGGGGCUACCAAGAUAUUGAUAUGAAUGAACAUGCCGUUUUGGCAGUUAAAGGUUUUUUCAAAUCGAUUUAUUUAUCUAAAGGAAGUUCUUUGCAAGACACUUUGCGAUUACUCACUCUUUGGUUUGAAUAUGGCCAUUUAGAUCAAGUUUCAAACGCUAUAUCUGAUGGUAUCAAAAUGGUGGAUAAGAACACAUGGUUGCAAGUUAUUCCACAGUUAAUAGCUCGCAUCGACACAAAUCGUCUGUUAGUUCCUAAACUUAUAAAUGACCUUUUAGUAGAUAUAGGAAAAAUUCAUCCUCAAGCUCUAGUCUAUCCCUUAACUGUCGCUUCAAAAAGCAGUUCGCCUAUAAGGAGAAACGCGGCAGAUAAAAUAUUAAAAUCGAUGAGUGAACAUUCGCCUACACUUGUCAGACAAGCUAUAAUGGCUUCAGAUGAACUGAUCAGAGUGGCCAUUUUAUGGCACGAAAUGUGGCACGAAGGGCUAGAAGAAGCUUCUAGAUUGUAUUUCGGCGAAAAGAAUACUGAUGGUAUGCUUCGAAUUUUGGAGCCUCUACAUCGGAUGAUGGCUAGAGGUCCGCAGACGCUGAAAGAAACUAGUUUUACUCAAGCUUAUGGACGUGAUUUAGGUGAAGCUCACGAGUGGUGCCAAAGAUUUAAACAAACAGGAAAUAUAAGAGAUUUGAACCAAGCUUGGGACCUUUACUAUCACGUAUUUAGGAGAAUUUCUAGGCAGCUGCCUCAGUUAACCUCAUUAGAGUUACAUUAUGUCUCGCCCAAUUUAUUGAAAUGUCAAGAUUUAGAGCUUGCAGUUCCCGGUAGUUACGCCCCUGGACAAGACAUUGUUAGAAUAGCAUAUUUCCACAGAUCCUUAGAGGUCAUAACUUCAAAGCAGCGUCCCAGAAAGCUGGUAAUUCGCGGUAGUAACGGUAAGGAUUAUAUGUUCUUGCUUAAAGGUCACGAAGACCUUCGCCAAGAUGAACGCGUUAUGCAACUGUUUGGGUUAGUAAAUACUUUGUUGUUGAAAGAUCCGGAAACCUUCAGAAGAAAUCUCACUAUACAAAGAUACGUUGUUAUCCCUUUGAGUACCAAGUCAGGUCUCAUUGGUUGGGUACCCCAUUGUGACACCCUACAUACUUUAAUCAGAGAUUACAGAGAUAAGAAAAAGAUCCUUUUGAAUAUUGAACAUCGCAUAAUGUUACGUAUGGCACCCGACUACGACCAUUUAACAGUGAUGCAAAAAGUGGAAGUAUUUGAACACGCUUUAGAGCAUACUCAUGGAGACGAUUUAGCCAAACUAUUGUGGCUUAAGAGUCCUUCAUCGGAGGUAUGGUUUGAACGAAGAACGAAUUACACCAGAUCAUUGGCUGUAAUGUCAAUGGUUGGCUAUAUCUUAGGUCUAGGUGACAGACAUCCUUCAAAUCUAAUGUUGGACAGGCUCAGUGGAAAAAUUCUUCAUAUUGACUUUGGCGAUUGUUUUGAGGUAGCCAUGGACAGAGAGAAAUUCCCGGAAAAAAUUCCAUUUAGACUGACACGUAUGUUGAUCAAUGCCAUGGAGGUGACGGGCAUUGAAGGCACCUACCGGCGAACGUGCGAGAGUGUAAUGUCGGUACUUCAUCGAAAUAAAGAUAGUUUAAUGGCCGUACUAGAAGCUUUUGUCUAUGACCCAUUGCUCAAUUGGCGACUUAUUGAGACAAAUCAUAAAAAGUCGACAAUGGGCGAAGUCGGUUCCUUUAGCACAGGAACCUCUCAAGAUAACGACUUUAUGGAAUCACUUAGCAUGCUAAACCGUAAAUCUUUUGCUGAAAUACCCAAUGACGGUUCUCAGCCUGAUACUGUUAGCAAAAAAGCUGUGAUUAUUAUAAAUAGGGUUAGGGAUAAACUAACAGGCAAAGAUUUCCAUUCGGAAGAGAUGCUUACUAUUCAAAAACAAGUUGAUCUGCUUAUUCAACAAGCUACCAGUAAUGAGAAUUUAUGCCAGUGCUAUAUCGGUUGGUGUCCAUUUUGGUAAUUCUGUACUCUAUAUUUAAGUGUAAUUUUUUGAUAUGGCUAUUCUUAUGUUUAUGAAACAUUUUGUGCUAGUAAAUAUUAGCAAGUU